AUGGAUGAGCAGUCCUUUCGGGUCGAUAAAACAGAAUAUGAACAGGUCAUCGAGUUCGCCGAGCCAAGCGUCAGCCCAGCGAUCGGCAUUCGAAAAGACCUUCCAAUCCCCCUUAUCAUACAAGAAGAUACGGAGUGUGACGUCAGUGCGAGUCCUCAACCCCCAAAGGAUUCCUACGACAAGCUCAUUCAUUGGCUAGUUGAAAUGGCAGAUGGUGACGACAUUGACCUUAAGGACCCUAAAAUUGUUGAGGAAUUCCGAAAAUCUCCUUUGAUCGGCAACGCGGCAAAUCGUAAGAAAGAUCUAGGUCCUCGGUCUCAAUCGUACGAUAUCCACGUGAGUUACGAAGGGCCAAUAUGUAGUAAACCGUCGCGGUCGUGUGGGGAUAUUGAGGAGGAGACAGAGGCGGAGGGAUUUAUGGAAAACCAACCAACACCAAAGAGUUUCAAACUGUCUCCAGAUCCACCUCGUCACAACCGCAAUAGAUCUAGACUGAAGAAGCAAAGCGCUGUGUCGUUUGACUCGACUUCCGGUGACUCAACUCACUAUAAAAGGUCGAGCAAAUCCUAUAGUGAUCUUAACGAUUCGGCGAACUUCUUUGUUAAUCAACAGCAAAGUUUAUUGCGCAGCCAUCAUAAAGCCAAACCGGUUCCGAAAACGCGGAACCAGUUUACGAAACAGUAUUCGGAACCCGUGCCUUGCAUCCCUAAAGUAUGUGUGUACGAGAGCAUCGACGACAGCGCAAGCAGUUGCUCUGAUCGAAAUCGACAUCGUUCGUCAAGUGCUAGUCUUGAUUCCAGAUCGCCGAGAUGUAGUCGACAAACGACAUUUAGCGACGAAGAUGACUUACUCUAUGAAAGGAGCAAGUCUUCCCUGCUCCAGCCUCCUCUGGAAAUAAUGACCGUUCGAGAGCAAGGAGAGGAAGAGACAGAAGGUGAGGGCGGGGUGAUCAAAACCAAUCGCCGGAAACACAAAGGCAAGAUUUCCGGAAUGAUUAGUCGAAGCGUGGAAAACUUGAUAGGUAAAACAUCGCGUCUAAAACAUCGCUUAAAGUACCGGAGCUCGAGUUUGUUUACCGUGAACAAUGAUAACAAGUCGGAAAUACCCCCAGAACUUUUCAACGACAAACUUUUCCUCAACGACAAACUGCUGGAUGGUAACAUAGACGACAUUCUGUACGCCGUGGACACAUUGUGGCCCAAUGAAUGA